AUGGAGAAGACGGAGCUCGAUCGAGCACACCCGGAGGCAACCCUGGAGCAGCAGUCCAGCCCGGGGGCAUUGGAACAGAAACACGUGCAUGCAGUGUACGACCAGAUUGCCACCCACUUCAGCUCCACCCGCUACAAACCGUGGCCCCUGGUGGAGAAGUUCUUGAAAGUGCUGCCCGAGGGCACGCUGCUGGCCGACGUGGGGUGUGGCAAUGGCAAGUACCUCCACGUCAACCCCUUGUGCUACCCCGUCGGGUCCGAUAGGAGCGGAGAGCUGAUCGCCAUCUGCCGAGAGCGAGGCUUCGAGAGCUUGGUCGCCGACAAUCUCAACCUCCCUUACCGCACCUCUUGCUUUGAAGCGGUCAUUUCCAUCGCCGUCAUCCACCACAUGUCCAACGACGAACGAAGGAUCCAGGCCAUACGGGAGCUGGCCAGGAUUCUAAGGCCGGGCGGGGUGAUGCUCAUCACUGUGUGGGCGUUCGAGCAGGCAAGGCCUCCCCAUUACGCGGCACUGUCGAAUUCGCCUGACUCGCUUAGCGGGCCGCGGAGCUGGACUUACCCGGUGCAGAAGAACAAGAAGUACACCGAGCAGGACGUGUUUGUACCGUGGCACCUACAGAAGAAGUUCGUCAAGGGCCAAGAGGGCGCCGCGGUGCAAGAGGAGCCCAAGAAGCCCAAGAAAAAGAAGAAGACGAGGAAGCAGCGCGCCAAGGAGGAACUGGAGAGGAAGCAGCGCGGAGAGAGUGUGAAUGGUGGUGACGAGAAUUCUCAGCACGCCGACGAAGACAAACCAAAGCAACAACAGCCGGCGGAAGCCGAAGAGUCCACACCGACAGAUCACAGGCAAGCGGGCGAUAGCGCACAAGUGUUUCACCGAUACUACCACCUCUUUGUGAAAGGCGAGCUCGAGCGGAUCGUGCAAGCCGCGGGUGGUCUGCGCAUCGUGGAGUCAGCGUACGAUCACGAGAACUGGGAGUGA